GCGACGUGAAGCCGCAAGCAUGGAGGAGCAUAGAAGAGGAGCUGCUGUGCAGGGAGCUGUCAACAAUACAAAGGACAUUCGGGGGGAGGAGGAAGAGGAGGAGGAGGAGGACUUCUAUGAGUGCCAGGAAGACCCAGGACAGGAGGAAGAGGAGGAGUCUAAACAGGAAGAGGAGGAGUCUAAACAGGAAACAACGGCCCGUCUAGAGGCCCCCUCUCGGACACAGAGUAGCAACAGAGAGGAGGAGGAGGAGGAGGAAGAGGAGGAAAUUGAAGGAGGAGGAGAAGAGGAGGAUGUGGCCGGAGGAGCAGGGUUGGCAGAAGGAUCUGAAGAGGAGGCUGGUGGAGGGAUUGAUUCAGACUUUGAGUUAGAGGAGGAGGAGGAGGAGAAGGAGGAGGAGAUCAAAGAGGAGGUUAAAAAAACUCUAGAGUUCGAUGAUGAGAAGCUGGCCGAGGCAGAGAAGGACCUCACUGAGGAGGAGAAGGAGGUGCGGCGGAAGGAGAGUCUGGUCCUGAAGGACGAGGGAAACGCUCUCUUCAAAUCUGGAGAGCACUUGGAGGCGGAGCUCCGCUACACGGCAGCGUUGAGGGCGUGUCCCGUGUGCUUCAGCAGAGAGCGAGCCGUUCUGUUCUCCAAUCGAGCCGCUGCCUGCCUCCACCUGGAUCGCAAAGAAUCUGCCAUCGCAGACUGCUCUAAAGCUCUGGAGCUGGACCCCAGCUACGUGCGCGCCCUGCUGCGGCGGGCUCAGCUGUACGAGGCGUCGGAGCAGCUGGAGCAGGCGCUGCAGGACUACCAGACGCUGCUGGAGGCCCAGCCCGCACACCCGGAGGCCCGCGCAGCCUGCAUGAGGUUACCGCGGGAGAUUGAGGAGAAGAAUGAGCGACUUAAGGAGGAGAUGAUGGGUAAGCUGAAGGACCUGGGCAACAUGUUCCUGAGACCGUUCGGUCUGUCCACCAACAACUUCCAGGUGAACCAGGACCCGGCGGGAGCCUACUCCAUCAACUUCGUCCAGGGCGGUGGCAACAACAACAACAACACAUAGCGCCGUGGAAACCGUCCCACCCUAGCAACCAACAGACAGUAACACAGGAGGAGCACAGAACUGGAACGGGUGUGAGUGUGUGUGUGUGUGUGUGUGUGUGUGUGAGCGUGUGUGUGUGCAUGCAUGUUUAAUCGAGAUAUUGGAAGUCAGCAUAAGAAGAGAAUCCUCUCACCGUGGCUAUCUGAUCACCGUGGCGACCUGAUCACCGUGGUGACCUGAUCACCAUGGCGGCCUCAUCACCAUUGCUAUAUCAUCACUGUGGCUACCCGAUCACCGUGGCGACCCGAUCACCGUGGCGACCCGAUCACCGUGGCGACCCGAUCACCGUGGCGACCAGAUCACCGUGGCGACCAGAUCACCGUGGCGACCCGAGCACCGCGGCGACCCGAUCACCGCGGCGACCCGAGCACCGUGGCGACCCGAUCACCGUGGCGACCCUAUCACCUUGGCUACAUGAUCCCCAUGGCGACCCGAUCACCUUGGCUACAUGAUCCCCAUGGCGACCCUAUCACCGUGGCGACCAAUGAGCAGACUGCAGCGUGUUGUCACCUGAUGAUACCAGGGGUCCACGCGGGGACGCAGGAAGAUGGCGUCUGCAGACUACACGGGUCGGCGUGUGGAACAGGGCGGGACAUCAUGACACAUGACAUGUGAAUGUUUGAUCAACCGCUCUUUAUUCUGGAUCAAUAAAGACCAAA